AUGUCCUUUCAAAACGUCCGCAAAGCGUCACAAGAGAAGGCCCAAGGGUUGCUUCUGCCUUCGCUGCAGUCCCCGCAGCCUUCCGUAAGCGUGUCAAGCUCGGUUUCGAUUGCCGGCUCUGCCCACACCGCGGACAAGACCACCCUGAUAGAUUUUCUAGGGCAAUUUGACAAAGAUAGGUCCGAACACCACGAUAAGGCCUCCAGCGCCAGCGAGCACGAGGGGGUUGAGGAGAGUGAGCCAGAGGAGCAGAACGAAAAAGAAGAGGCCAAAAUUGAAGAGCCUGCAAUUGCUGCCCAGCAAAUUGAGCCCGAGCCCGAACAGUCAAAACAGGAGGCAGGAGCGGCCGCUGAGAAAGCUUCUGAUAGCGAUACCAGGCCCAAAGAUCAGGAACCAAUGGAUGACGAGACAUCAGCGUCGUUAGAGCACAUUGCAUCUACCAGCUAUGGCGAGGGACAGGAAUUAAACGACACCUCAGAUUCGGAGGAGGAGGAGUUAAAGGCAUCUCAGCAAAAGGAAAUACCAAAGUCGAAGAAACUAGACGACAAGAAGCUUCCUACGGAUUACCCGAACCCUCCCACGUCGAACAGGAAAAGCGUUGUGUUUGAUUUUCAGAAGUUUCUGACAAUGUUCAAAAACAAGCAAUGUGAGCCUAUUCACAAGUAUCUUCGCUCUUUUUUGACCCAAUUUUCUCAGAGGACAUGGACAGUGGACGAGCAGAUCAAGCUGAUUAAGGACUUUGAAGCGUUCUUAUACGACAAGCUACUGCAAUACUACCCUUUCAACACCAUCCAAGACGAGCUGGAGCUGGAAAAUUGCAAAGAGGGACUUGAAAAACUGGUGCUGACGCGAUUGUAUUCGCAGGUGUUUGCACCGGCGACACCGAAACCGAAACAAUCUCCUCAGCAGCGCGAGGACCUUAUGAAAGACCGCAAGUACCACACUUCCUUGAAGCUCUAUGACUGGAUCAGUCCCAGACAUCUCGACAUCCCAGUUUCGUUGGGUCUGGAGUCCAACUUUGUCAAGCUUGCGUCUGGCGAAAUCAAUAAAAUCAACAAUUACAAGUCGCCGAGAGACAAAAUCAUCUGUAUUUUGAACUGCUGCAAGAUCAUUUUCGGGCUGAUCAGACAGCAGCAGAAAAUGCACCAGAUCGAGGAGAACGCCGACUCUUUUGUGCCGUUGCUGAUCUAUGUGCUUUUGCAGGCCAAACCGAAAUAUCUGUAUUCCAACUUGCAGUACAUCGAACGGUUUAGAUUGGAGGAGUUUCUGGUUGGCGAGACGUCAUACUACGUGAGCACGCUGGAAAUCGCGUGCAACUUCAUCAUUGAUCUUGACCGGGAUAAAUUGACAAUUGAGGACGAGGAGUUCGAUGAGCAGUUAUUACUAGCCAAGCAGAGGCUCGAAAAACAGAAGGAAGAAAAAAAGCAGAAAAACGAGCAGAAGGGUGCCAACGACAUUCUUUCGCCGAUACCGAAGAAACUGACCGAGCUGAUAGGGUCCAACUCGAACGAGUCGCCGUCGCAGGUGUUCACGAAGUCGGCCGAGAUCAUGAAGCAGUCGAUCUCGUCGUCGUUCAACAAUCUCUUCCAGACCUCGCCGUCUCCUUCGGAAACACCCGGCAAACAGGAACUCAUCGACAUUAAAAAGCUUUCCUUGGAAGAGCACGAGUAUCAGGAGACAAUGCGCAAGCAGCGAGAGGAGACGACCGAUGCAUUGGUCUCGAUGUUUCCAAAUUUGGACCGCGAACUAAUUACCGAUGUCGUUGCUUCCAAGGCCCGCACAGAAGGUGGAGGUAACAUAGGCGACUGCGUGGACGCUUUGUUGGAACUGAGCCAUUAA